GGUGUGGAAAGUUUCAAAAAUAGAGAGCGAUGGAAUCCAUGACAGCAGCAAAACCAGUGAAAGUGGCUGCCCUUUGUGGGUCUUUGAGGAAAGGCUCUUACAACAGAGCCUUAAUUCGUUACGCUAUGGAGAUAACUAAGCAGGAAAUUGAUGGGAUUGAGAUUGAUUUCGUUGAAAUUUCAUCUCUUCCUAUGCUUAACACUGAUCUCGAGAUUGAUGGUAAGUAUCCGCCGGUUGUUGAGGCUUUCAGGCAGAGGAUUUUGGCCGCUGAGUGCUUCCUCUUUGCUUCCCCGGAGUACAACUACUCUGUUACUGCACUCUUGAAGAAUGCAAUGGACUGGGCUUCUCGACCACCAAAUGUUUGGGCUAAUAAAGCUGCUGCCAUCGUAAGUGCUGCUGGAAGUUUAGGUGGUGCGCGGGCACAGUAUCAUUAUCGCCAAAUUGGGGUUCGUCUUGAUCUUCAUUUUAUCAAUAAAGAGUUUUUCUUGAAUGCAUAUGAGUCUCCAGCUAAGUUUGAUAGUGAUGGCAACCUAAUUGACCCAUCAUUCCAAAGGAGAAUGAAAUCAGUUCUUCUUGCCUUGCAAGCAUUUACUCUGCGACUACAAGGUUGCAAUUUCAAUCCCUCAACAAUGUCAGAGUUCCCAAGGCAGAUCAACAAAUUUUCCGAGGAAGGACAAGUCUUAACACCAUUCACCAAAGGAAAUCUUCAUCAAAGAUUCGAUACUAGCCCCCAAUACAAGCUUGGAAUACCAUCUGAGGCUUAUGAUUGGUAUGAUCUGGAAACCUGCAACAAUGAAAGAAGUGUUCUUAAUCGGUUUCAGGACAUGCAUUUCAGGCUCAGGGACGAAAGGUCCACUCCAAAUGCUAGGGAAAGGAUGUAUAAAUUCGCAUUGGUUGCGUCUUGGGUGUUCUUCCUUAUUGUAUUCAUGCUAUUCCUUACCGUAUUCAUGCUCGAUUAUCGGGUUAAGAACGUCGUGGAUGCUUACUGCCAGAGGAAUGUGUUUGGCAGAAGCCCUGAUCUCUGGGUGGCCUAUAAUUAAAAGGCUAUGCUCGUCGUCAUUGUAGAUACUCUGGUUUUUUAUGCAUUCGAUUUCUACAUAAAACAUGCUUUUGAGCAAUCCCAGAAUUAGAUCAAGCUAUGUGAUAUCUUGGCUUUUAGAACAAACUAUUGAACUACUCGUGCUGUUUAAGUUGACAUGCUGUUUUGUAUUAGAAGCAGUGUUGCUGCUAUUGGCUUGUGCUCUAAUCGUGUUGAA